UAGUAAAAUGGGUUUAUUUGGGAAUAGCAGUGAAUUGUAAUUUGGAACAUGCAAAAGCUACAGCAAAACUUCAGGCAAGUCCAGUAAACAAAGGAGAGUAACUAUUAUUUUAACCAAGUAUAAGGAGGAAGUUGGCAGAGGCUGGGUGAAGCAAUGGCCAUUGGAGAAAAGCUAGAGUUCUGAGUGAAGACGGUUUCCCAUUGGCGGAGUUGCUGGGGUAGAUUUCUUACAGGAGAUGGAAUACCCAUCCUUCCCCGGCGGGCCUGUAAUUGGCGAUCCCUCCUGCUGGCAGUUCUUCCCUGGGGUCUGUAACUGACGUGGGUGGGACCGUGCGAGCGCUCCCCUCCUGGCCUCCUGGCUCCAUUUCUGUUUCCCUUUAUUAAUUUUCACAACUUUAUGUGAUUGUUUCCCUCAGUAAAGUAAGCAUAAAGACUUUUAACGCAGGCGUGCUCGUAAAGAGACCCGGGCCAGCGGGAGAUCCAGAGAAAGGGGACCAAGAACACAGACUCUGGAGAACUUGGGAGUCCGCGGGGCUCCGAAGCCAGUGUGAAGGUCGACGGGAAGUUGCUGCUUGGCUGCGAGCGAAGAGCGCCUCCCGGCGGGAGUGCUGCGGGCUGCAGGGCAGGACUGGCGGCGACUGGCGGGCUGCGCCGAAGGGCGGCGGCGGGGGCCCGGCGCCCGGGGUCGCGAGUCGGCGGGGGCGCGGGUCGCCCGACGGCGGGCAGGGAGGGGGCGGGGCCUCCCGGGCUCCGCUUGGAGCCGCGAGCCGCGCCCAGGCGCCUCAGCCGAGCCCCGAGCGCUCGAUCGCCGUCGUUCGUCCCGGCUGCCCGCGCGGCGCGGCGCCGCGCCCAGGGCCCCACUCGCCAGUGGGCCAAUAGUCCGAUAUGGAGCGUGUCUUAACCCCGUUGGAACCCCUGCUUCCCGCUGGGAAGUUGAAAUACUGCCUUGUGAUUCUGAAUCAGCCUUUGGACAACUGUGUUCACCAUCUUUGGAGCAAAGCUCUUUUAAAAGCCUGUGCUGAUGGAGGUGCCAACCGCCUAUAUGAUCUCAUUGGAAGAGAGAGAGAAAGCUUUUUGCCAGACUUCAUCAGUGGAGACUUUGAUUCUAUCAGGCCUGAAGUUAAAGAAUAUUAUGCAACCAAGGGAUGUGAGAUUAUUUCAACUCCUGAUCAAAACUAUACUGACUUCACCAAGUGCCUUGAAGUGCUUCAAAAGAAGAUACAAGAAAAACACCUACAGGUAGAUAUGAUCGUGACACUGGGAGGACUCGCUGGGCGUUUUGACCAGAUUAUGGCAUCCGUGAGCACCUUGUAUGAAGUGACUUGCAUCUCUGCUCUGCCGAUUAUAAUCAUCCAAGGGGAAUCUCUCAUCUUCCUGCUCCAACCAGGAAAGCACAGGUUGCACGUACGCACUGGAAUGGAAGGUGACUGGUGUGGCCUCAUUCCUGUGGGACAGCCUUGCAAUCAUGUUACAACUACAGGCCUCAAGUGGAACCUCACAAAUGAUGUGCUUGGUUUUGGAACACUGGUCAGUACUUCCAACACCUACGAUGGAUCCGGUGUUGUGACCGUUGAGACGGACCAUCCCCUGCUCUGGACCAUGGCCAUCAAACACUGAGCCGGCAGCUGGCAUCCACAGCUGUGCCCCCGGUUAACUGUUUGCCAAUGCUUAUUGCUCAACAAGAGUACUUCAUCUCGGUUUAUACAAAUCUCAGCUUCUCCAUGGGAAACCCACUAGUCUUAAAGAUGUUAAUGUUUAAAUGACCCAGGUAACGUAAAUGACCGAUCUCAAUUUUACAGUGAAGGGGAAAGAUCAUUAUUUGUCAGGAAAGUAAACAAGCCCCAUUACACUCAGUUGCAAGGCUAAUGCAGAUCAUUUCACUCUAAAAUUUAGUACUGAUUGUUCUUAUGUUAUCAAUCAUUCCAUUUAUCCUAGAAAAUUGCUUUUAGUUUUGAAGCUGAGAAAGCUCCGUUGAGGAUCCUUGGAGUCCAGCACAUAACCUUCCUCCUGCCCAUCCUUAAAUGCUUAACACUAAGGGCUACUUCUGCAUGUCUAAUAUUAGAUUUCUGUUUAUAAUAUAGAAAAGAUUCCAAUCUGUAUCACCCUGUAUAUAAUACAGAUUGGGAUGUUAGGACUGCACCAUUUCACCCGGCCUUAUUACUGUCUUUGGUAUCGUUUUUCAAAAAUAGAUCAAGAAUUUCUGAUCUAAUUACUAAACUUGAAAACAGAGCUAUGUAAGCUACUGGUGAAAAGAGAAAUGGCCUGAAAGAUAAAUGACAAUUCAUAAAGCCCUCCUGACAUAUUCACCCCAAACUCAGACUCUGAAGUGAGGGGCUAUGCUUUCGUGGAGUGACAGAUCAAAACCACCCUCAUCAUAAUGCCCCCUAGACUGAAAAUGUUGUGCAGAGGAAACUUAAGCAUAAAAGUUGAACUGUUUCUGACAUGCGUCAGACUGAAAAAUAAUGGUUCAUGGACCACAAGUUUGUUCAAAUGACCAGAAAAGGAGUUUGACAAUCUAUGGGGAAACGUGACCACUGUGUGCUAGGAAACCUACAUCUGAAAGCCCACAUUCUUGCCUAUUCCAGACAUUCACCUAGAGCCCUGGAACCCCCUUCUCCUUGGCCAGAACAUGGAAGGGGCUGCACAGACGGUGCCUGAGCUCCUCCCCACCCUGGUUCUAGGCCCUUACACUUGGCAGGUAGGCAGAUAAUGCACAGGGUCCCUGCCCCAGUGGGCUAGACCACCUGGGACAUUGAAAUGUAUGCACGUUUUUUUAUCGUAAGACUCUCUCCGAUCUUACCCUUUUCUACCCUGCUAACCAAACCAAAACCUGCCAUCUCAGCCACGAUGUAAGGACGACCUGUUCAUUUUUCAUUAUUUAUGCAAAUAUAUGUGAGAUUGAAACCUG